AUGAUCGAGGCGGGCAUGUUGGAUUGGUCCAGCCCAGAAAAGAAAGAUGAUAUGUUUUAUUCGCUCUCAUUCACCGUGAAUGUCCAAUCAUGGGCCAUUGAAAACGGGAAGUCCAAGCCUGAGGAUGUGGACCGUCUCUCCAAAACCCAAAAACAAACCAUCAUCAGCAGCCUCGCGGGAUACUGUGUGCAAGAGAAAUGGGAUAUUCUAAUGGGACUCCUUCCAGAUAUGCUUCGUGAGACGAUCCUUGAGAUAUUUUUGGAAACUCUGAUCUACAAAGACAUCUUUGGCAAGAUGUUCAUGUCCCCUUUCUGGUACUUGGACGGGAAAAUGUCCCCGACAGACGAAGGAGAUGAGAUGGUCGGUGCACGACUGCAGCAUUUGUAUGACAGAUUCUACGAAACCAACCCACUCAUGGCGGCACUAUGGAGAUCCGAGACAAACCGCCUUGCAAACUCGAUGGAUAUAAAAAAGGCAUCGAACAUACUACUUGCAAGUCACCAUCGGGACCGCCGCCAGUCUUUCAUCAGUCAAUUUGUAGAUGACUUUCUCUCCACCGAGCCCAUCCAGUGGCUACUUAGAGAGCCAUCAAGCAAGGAGGAGAACAAGCGGUACCGGAAACUUUGCAACAUUUAUAUGCAGGCAAUGGAAAAAGCUGCAGAAAUGGGAAAUAUACGAGGCCACCUUGAAUUCCAUAGGUUGGCGGAGCUGUCUGAGACUUUCACCUUGGGUGAGAGGAUGGUUACACAUGAAUACAAUUGCCUACCAAAAGGUAGCACCAGACUAGAUGGUCAUCGGAUCUUGAUGGUUGUUUACCCAGGGAUUGUUCGCAGAUAUAUUUGUGCUCGUGAUAGAUAA